CAAAUAUGAGCUGUUAGUCCUAAGCCUCGGGCGCGGGGGAGGCUCGGCAGACCUGCUGACUGGGAAGCGGUAUGGCAGCGACGCUGGGCAGCGGGGAGCGCUGGACGGAAGCUUACAUUGAUGCAGUUAGAAGAAACAAAUACCCAGAAGACAGACCUCCUGAAAAUCAUGACCCCUGUGGUUGCUGUAACUGCAGGAAGGCACAAAAGGAAAAGAAGUCUGAGCAUGAGUGGAAUCAGACCCGACAGGGUGAGGGGAGUGCCACUUAUACUGAGGAGCAGCUGCUUGGAGUACAAAGGAUCAAGAAAUGCAGAAAUUACUAUGAAAUUCUGGGAGUUUCACGAAAUGCCAGUGAUGAAGAGCUUAAGAAAGCUUACCGAAAACUCGCCCUGAAAUUUCAUCCUGACAAGAACUGUGCUCCUGGAGCAACAGAUGCUUUCAAAGCAAUAGGAAAUGCCUUUGCAGUCCUGAGCAAUCCUGACAAGAGACUCCGCUAUGAUGAAUAUGGAGAUGAACAGGUGACUUUCACUACCCCUCGAGCCAGACCUUAUAAUUAUUACAGGGACUUUGAAGCCGACAUCACUCCAGAAGAGCUGUUCAACGUCUUCUUUGGAGGACAUUUUCCUACAGGAAACAUUCAUAUGUUUUCAAACGUGACAGAUGACUCCCACUAUUACCACCGGCGGCACCGACACGAGAGGAUGCAGACACGGAAGGAAGAGGAAGAAGAUAAGCCUCAGACUACAUAUUCUGCAUUUAUUCAGUUACUUCCAGUUCUGGUGAUUGUGAUUAUAUCUGUGAUUACUCAGCUGCUAGCUGCUAAUCCCCCAUAUAGUCUAUUCUAUAAAUCGACCUUGGGCUACACCAUUUCUAGAGAAACCCAGAACCUACAGGUGCCUUACUUUGUGGAUAAAAACUUUGACAAGGCCUACAGAGGAGCAUCUCUGCGUGACCUGGAGAAGACGAUAGAAAAGGAUUACAUUGAUUACAUCCAGACAAGUUGUUGGAAGGAGAAACAACAAAAGUCAGAGUUGACCAAUUUGGCAGGAUUAUACAGAGAUGAACGAUUGAAACAGAAGGCAGAGUCACUGAAACUUGAAAACUGUGAAAAACUUUCCAAACUGAUUGGCCUACGCAGAGGUGGCUGAGAGGAUGGUAGUCCUAUGCAGGCUCGGGGUUUUGCUGCGUGUUACUGUUUAUGUUCCUAAUUCCACUGUAUAAUACAAAAUUAGGAAAUGAUGAACAUUUUACAAUUUGCUAACUUUGUUUGGUGGGCAGAGUUGGAGGUGCUUCAGCAUGGAGCCAGACUUGUCAUCACAGACUCCUUCCCGGGGAUUGGCUCUGGGGGCCAGGAGCAGGUCAUCUAAAUUGAAUUAAUGGCAAAGCAUUAGAUUCAGCCUCCUGCUCUGCGCCUACCCUGCCUCUAGAAAGGUAGUUCAGGGCACCCCAGAGCAGAUUCAUAUUUUCUUUCUUCUUCCCUUCAGUGAAGUCUCAAUAGCCAGUCAUUCCUAGGCUUAGCCAAAGCAGCUUAAUAUUGGUUGUUUACAAUGUGCACUGAGAAUUAUACCUCUCCCUUCAUUAGAGUCAUCGUCUCCCCACCAGAUUCAGCUGUUGGAACAACUCAACUUUCCAUUUUCUAAGGGAAAUGUGGAGAAAUGUAAACUGUUUUAGUCCACAGUUUUCUAUUUGUCUAAUCUCUGUUCAGAGUUACUAGCAUUAGCAAACUGCCUAAUUUGAGUUUCUUUUACUUCCUUAACCCUCUCUCUUGUAGAGAGCCCAGAAAUUAAGUUAUUGAGUGAAACAGUUCAAUGGACAUGGAAGCAGGGGCCAGGGAUGAAGGUAAAAUGCAAGACUAAGUCUCAGCUGCUCAGUGCAGGUUCCCUAGUCCAUCACAGAACUCAGAGAAUGUUCUUUUUGACAUUUCCCCUUGCAGCAUCACACUUGAGCUGAGUCCCUACACCCCACAGAGGUACAGUGGUCAGACCUAAGAGGAGGCACUGCCAGCCAGCUGGGCUGUUUGCUCAAGCCUAGAGAUAGAGGGGAAAGACCCUCAGUCUGAGGCUAUGGGGGUCUGGCGUUGGCCCCAGCAGUCACUUUGUUUAACCCAGUGCCCUGUAGUUUGUGAUAGGAGAUGCUUUUUCAUGUAGUCAACAUUUGUUGAGUGCCUGGUAUGGAAUGAGAACAUUGGCCCAGAGAGGAUGCAUGGUUGAACUGGGUCACACAACUUGUUGUGACAGAGCUAGAUGGUAGGCCGACUAUCAAGUAGGAAGUGUGUGAUCAUCCCCAUUGCUCAGGUAAUUCUAGCCAUAUUGGUUAAAGCAGAAUCUUUCCCAAGGAUGCUCCUCCCCCCACCCUGGGAUCCUGUAUCCUUUCUAUGGCAGUGCUAUAUCCGCUCAGGACACCUCUCUACACCACUUCUGUGUACAAAACAAAAGCAGGCAGCUCUUCCCACUGGUGACAAGGAGGACGGAAGUUGUUGCCUGGACUGUGUGGUUCUGGGCCUUCCUGUGGAGGUGAGCUACCAGGAUUGAGCUGCCCAGAUUAUAUCAUGAAUCUGAACCUGGAAGGAUCAGUAGGUAAAUGUAGUCUACACUCCAUGUUUUCUUCGGGAUGGAAGAAAAGUUCCUGUUGGAAGGAGAGUCUACGUUAAAACUUGUUUCCAAAGUAGAGUUUCUCCUUUCAGAUGCAUAGCCGUGAUUUAGGCAGAUGUAUCUAGUAUUGUCCCACGUGUGGGCAUCCCACAGGGUCAGGAGAUGAGUCCAGAGGUAAAGAGUGGGACUUUGGUGGCUGGUAGGGGCACCUACUCAGCUGUAGGGAGGGAGAGCAGCUCCAGAGAUAGUCAGAUUUUGUCACCCAAUGAAGUCUAUCCUCCUGGGUUUUGGGGGGCUUCCUUGAUCCCCUCUGAGUGACUGAAGGGAUUUACAUGGUAAAAUGUGCCUGUGGGCCAAAUGAGCUAUAGAAAGUUGUUUUCCUGUACACACAAAAAUCAAAGCUCCCCUGUCCCCAACCCCAAUCUCUGCUAGAAAAUGGGCCCUAAUUAAACUGACUUAACAAGGUACAAGACUCUGCUCUAGAUGCCCGUGAAUAGUGUAGUCACACCUGGAUUUCAUGGCAGAGAUGAGUUAUCUGUGAUGAUACUAAAUAGAGGCAAUACUAACUCACUUCAUUAAAUGUCAGGUCUGUUGUCUGUUUUUAUAGCACUGAUGGUACUGUUUUAUUUAUUACCUAAUAGACUGCAACACUCACAUCUGGUUUUCCUGAAGGGAAUGGUAUUUGCUUUGGGUUGAAGGAUAGUUUAAUCUAUUUGGUACUGUCCAGAAUAUUGUUAAACUAUAAUUUCCUGGGUUGCAUUUUAGAUGGGUUGUCUGCAUGGUGGUAAAAUAAGCAUUUUCCUCUUGCCUACAUCAUUUGGAAAGUUUUUAUUAUAUAUAAACUCUCUAGGCAUGGCGUAUUCUUGCUCUCAGAACUUGGCAUGCAACUCUAGACUAUUUCUGUGAGCACAAAUGCAGACUGGAGAUGCAUGAUGGGAGUGGGGCUAAGAAAUAGGGCUUGAGGCUCGAGCAGAAGGUGAAGCUCUCGUAAGAAUGGAAGUGCCCUCUGCACUAAAUGAUCAACAGUGAGGAAGGUGGGAUGAAAACCCUUCUCAUCACAAGGGGCACUGCAGUUUAAAGGAAUCCGUGUCCCCAGAUUAGCAACCCUGGGGUUCAUCUGCUCAAACUAGAAGACUUCUGAACUUCCUUGAUCAGCUCCAGGCCUCACAGCUUGGGAGAAGUGACCAGCAAGAAAAUGCCAUUGCUGUUCUUUCUGUUGGAAACUAUUAGAAAUUACGCCGAACUCCAAACCCCACUGGAACGUGGAAUCCAGCAGCCUAGCCAAGCUAUGUGUUACUCUCAUUUACAUCCUCACACUCAGGACUGGCUUUGUGAGGAGGCACUGUUGGGAUUCCAGAGCUUUCUGUUACGAAUAGCCACACACGCGGGUUCAUUGUCUGCAUGCACUGUUCCUCACAGGAGCUAGCGCUUAAUUAGUAUUUAUUUUGGAUUCCUUUAAGGUAUAAGCUUAGUGUCCUAAUAUAUUUAUUUUUGGAAAGGACCAACUUAUUAUACAUCUUAUUUUUUGAGCCUGCAUUGUUGAUAACCUCGUGCAGUGACCACCAAGUAACUAUAUACCUGUGUGUUACAUAUUGAUUACAUCUUUUGCAUCACAUUCAGUAUUUGGAAUUAAAGAUGUGAAUGUUCUGUGACCAGAGCCAGGUUUGACACAGAUGGAGUCAGCUCCUGGUGGAGUAAGAAUCCUGAAAAAUCUGGUCACCUGAUCCAUUACAUCUGGAUUGAGUGUAUUUUAACAGAAAUAAAUUAAAUGGUUUUAUAUAAAAAGAA